CGCUAAGUUACACAACCAUUCAUGUCCUCUCUCGACUUCGAGGCCACGGUUAAGCAGGAGGAAGCGUAUCUUCGCAAGGUGCAUCCAACCGCAGAAGAUAUCCCAUCAUGCAUGAAGUUCUUUGACUUGUUCUUGCAAUGCAACGUGGUUGCUGCCCAGAUGAAGUCUCUGUACAGGUAUGGCCAGAUGUCCGAGUGUGGACAAAAGCUUGAAGACUUCAAGUUCUGUAUGAGCAAUAAGAGCAUGCACCCGCAGGAGAAGUACGACGCGUGGAUACGUCGCAGAGCGGAGUGGUGGGCGCGCAGGCGGAUGACGACUAGUAGUGAGGACAUCUGGGAAGCAAGAACAGAACCACUUAGAGGGUACCCUCCAGAACGACGUAACUUAGACAGCAGUCCGACUGUCGAAUAGCCCGUGUGUAACCAUUCGUCGUUCCUAUAAGCAGUUUUCAUUCAUCAUAAAUGCACUCUGAGCUGACUGGUUCGACUUGGGAAAGUACCUUCGGAGAAUACUGAUGUCGACAAUCAAAGAAGCUCGAAGAAUAGACUUAGUCGUCUCGAAUGUUUUCAUGCCAAACAAUAGCCUUCCUAUGC